UGCGACUGGCCGCUGAAUGACAAGUCGCGCUGCAGCUGGAUGACUGUAUGAUAAACAAAACCGUUAGAGUGUUCAUUUUCACACGUUUCUUAUUUCUCCUUUAGCUGCUGGAGAAGAAAAUCGUUUUUCUUAUGAAGUAUGGCCACAGUCAAAAAGGACGACCGACUGACAAGUUCUCAAAGUUUACUGUGCGUCGGCUUUGCCGGGGUUUUUAGCAAAACUGUCACGUCGCCUCUGGAAGUCGUGAAGAUUUUGAAUCAAAUAGGAACAUUUCACUGUAAACGGGGCUUCACGCACAGCUUUGUUUUUAUUUGUCAGAAUGAGGGGCUUCGAGCAUUCUGGAAGGGUAAUAUGGUUUCCUGUCUACGGUUGUUUCCCUACAGUGCCAUACAUUUAGCAACUUACAAAAAUAUUGUCCACCUUCAUAUUGAUGAACUGGGUGAGAUCUCACAAUGGAGAGCCAUAGUAGCCGGUGGGCUGGCAGGCAUAUCUGCCGCAUUAGCGACAUAUCCACUGGAGGUGGUUGAAACCAGACUUAUUGCUCAAAAUUGCCAAGAACCAACGUACAGAGGCUUGCUGCAUUCCCUCUCCAUCAUUUACAGAAAUGAAGGACUGCAGACUCUCUACCGGGGCUUUUCCCUCACAGUGUUAGGUGCCGUUCCCUUCUCCGUUGGCUGCUAUGCGGUGUACGUCAACUUGGAUAAGCUUUGGCAGGAGCGUCAUGUUCGCUUUACGUCUUUACAGAACUUCAUCAAUGGCUGUCUUGCAGCAGGAGUCGCUCAGACGCUCUCCUUCCCCUUUGAAACUGUUAAAAAGAAGAUGCAGGCCCAGAGUCCUCUUUUGCCCCACUGUGGAGGAGUUGAUGUCCAUUUUAAUGGAAUGAUAGACUGCUUCAGACAGGUCAUCAAAAACAAGGGCGUCAUGGCUCUUUGGAGUGGCCUUACAGCCAACAUGGUGAAGAUCGUCCCAUAUUUCGGCCUGCUUUUCAGUUGCUUUGAGAUGUGUAAGCAAGUCUGCCUUUACCGGAAUGGCUACAUAAUUUCUCCGCUAAGCUACAAGCUGAAACCAGGCGUGGACCAGAGCCUGGGCCCAUAUGAACUGCAGGAGUUUAGGCGCUACCUGAGAAACAGAAAAUCACACGAAGCACAGAGUUCAUCCAUAGGAAACCGUUGGUAACUCAUCUAAGACUCAUCAGUAAUAAACAGAACUCUGAGAGUAUAAGGUGUUUCUACUGCUGGAAGGCAUGAUGUGUUAUUCACAGUUGUACCUCUUAAUGUAUUUAACUUCCGCUAGGCUAUUUUACAGAUUCUGCACAUGCAUACUUGAAUCAUACAGUACCUCAAAUGGAUCAGACUCGCCCUUAAAUGAAAGUUGUGCACCUAAGAGACAGUAUUAAUGGUGCUCUUUCAUUGCAAUGUUAUGACAUUUAUUGCUUUUAUCUUUACACUUCACUGAAGGUGUGUUUUAAAAAAACGUGGAAAUGUAAAACCUGUUUUAAUCACUUCUCAGGAAAUAUGUUGAACAUCAUUUCAACAGUUUAGAGCAAUGCCUUUGUCAAACAAAGUAUUAGUCUUUUACUGGAUUUAGCUCUUGGGCCUUUUAAAGGCCUUCUGUUAUUUAUAAACCACAUGCAUUUAAGGUCACAUUGUGGUGCGAUUUUUGCAUUGGCACAUUUGAUCAUAUAUGGCAGUAUGAUUUUGAAUCUGCAUUGUAAUGUAAUAUAUAUAUAUCCUGCUCAUCUGUAACCCAUUAACCACUGAUUAUGAUUCAGCUGUCGAGAUUUGUUUACUAAAAGUGUAUUUCAGUUUUUCAUUGCGAUACGUGGCACAUAUUAAGAUUAAAUCUUGAAGCACAUUGUAAAAAUGAUGAAGUGUAAGCAAUAAAUGUAUCUUAGUGCAUUAUAACUGUGUUAUACUUGUCAGAUGUGACCCUGGACCACAAAACCAGUUUUAAGUAGCACGGGUAUAUUUGUAGCAAUAGCCAAAAAUACAUUGUAUGGGUCAAAUUGAUCCAUUUUUCUUUUAUGCCAAAAAUCAUUAGGAUAUAAUAUGUUCCAUGAAGAUAUUUUAUACAUUUCCUACUGUAAAUAUACCAAAACUUAAUUUUUGAGUUGUUAUAUGCAUUGCUUCAAACUUCAUUUGGACAACUUUAAAGGUGAUUUUCUCCGUAUUUUGAUUUUUUUUUUUGCACCCUCAGAUUACAGAUUUUCAAAUAGGUGCGUUUAUGCCAAAUAUUGUCCUAUCCUAACAAACCAUACAUCAAUUGAAAGCUUAUUUAUUCAGCUUUAGAUGAUGUAUAAAUCUCAAUUUCAUCUGGUUUUGUGGUCCAGGGUCACAUGUUUUUAUUCCCUGUGUAAUAGUACUGUAUAAUACAGAACAAAAUUGAAUUGCAUUAGUUGAUAUAGUACUGAUGUAGACACUAUUGAUUUUGUAUUGCGUUGUGUAGUCACAUGCUCCCAGAUGGGUCACUUGCUUUGCCACAGUCAAAAGUCAUGUGAAGGACUUUGCACUGACAUGUUGGCCCUUUUUCUCUUACACAUAUGCCCUUGGAGAUCAUUAACUAAAGACAGGGAGCGAUCUGGCUAGUGACAAACAUGCAUGCCUUGUCACCUUGGAGAACUACUACUUGGUUUGACAGCUGAAAGGAAAAACUGGACAAUCCUGAUUCUCCUGCUGUAUUGUCAGUGUGCAUCAAAACAAAGACAACGUGUUGCGUUUUAAAUAUGACGAAUCAUGAAUUAUUAACUGCAUGGACAGUUUUGUUUUAAAAACUUCCUGUUGUCAUUUACGCUUUCCACCUUGAGAAGGCUUAAGGUUACCUUUCUAACUUUGAGCCAUUCAUCUCCGUCAUCAUAAAAACGCCCCGCCUACUGGAAUCUGUGACGUUUAGGCGACAGUCCAAUCAGAUCACAGAAGCGUCGGUGCGUUUCCUCUCGCGAGACGAACCUUUUAAAAAUCUCUUCUCAACUUUUCAUUCGGCCAUUUCGAAUCAGCCGGCAUUCCACGCUAGUCCUGCGGCAGAGCGGGAUUGACCUCUUCAAGCUACACCUCUCCAAGAACACCCGACAAUGAGUGAGACCGCCAUCUCCUUCGCCAAGGACUUCUUGGCCGGUGGUAUUGCCGCUGCUAUCUCGAAAACCGCCGUGGCCCCCAUCGAGAGAGUCAAA